AUGGUCGAUUUCGCAGAGAAGCUGGGCGACUUGGGUCGAGAAGAAGGCAGCAGUCCUGGCCACGAAGAUGGCUCAGAUCACGAGGAUGAUUCCGAUUAUGAAGAUGGAAACGAUUCUUCUUAUUCGAGAGAUGAAGAUGAUGGGGACCAGAAAACAAAACGCAAUCCCUCCAAGAAGGCUAAUGCGAAUAAGCCGCGGCGAAAACGGGCGGCGAACGCUCGAGAAUUCGUUGCACGUCUCCACGAAAAAGAGGACAGAGCCAAAGGCGAGAAACGCGGGCAAAAAAGAAAAUCGACUGACUGUGAUGGAGAAUCUCGCAAAGCACACAAGUUGGCCAAAUAUAGUUCUGCCUCGAAAUUUGAUGAUGGUCCUUCAACUACUGAUGGCAAUUCUCUGGCUGCCAUGGAGCCCAUCCAGGCAAACACUAUCGCUGAGCAGUUUGCCCAGAUCAGAGCGCAGAUACCUCAGAACUAUGACACAAGGCGCAGCAAGACGCAGAAGCGAGAUUUACGAGAGGCUACCCAGCUAUUUGGCUACAAGAAAGUGGAAGCCGAGAAUGGCCGUUGGAGAAUGAAAGGUAUGGAGGCUGUUCUGGAAAGUUACCAACUCACUGCUGCGGCCUGGAUGGUGAAGAGGGAGCUGAGUCAAGAGAAGCCUUUUGGCGGGCUUUUGGCCGACCGCCCUGGUAUGGGAAAGACGGUCAUGAGCCUCGCAUGUAUUGUGGGCAACCCAGCAGAUGAACAAGACCUGGCAAACUACUGCAACGCCACUCUUGUCGUCGUGCCAAACAAAUUGACUGGUCAGCAGUGGGAACAGGAAGUCCAGAAACACUGUAAAUCGCCAGUCAGUGACAAGGUCUUCAUCUACGAUUCCACCUACGAAGGGGCGUACGAGAAAUGCAAGUCGUCAUUCAUCGUGAUUACCACGUAUUCCCAACUGCUCGCUCAAUAUCCCGACAAAAGCAUCAUGCAAUACUGGCAAGAGAAGUACGACAGUGAUGAUGAAUCCUUCGAUCGCGCGUUUGCGUCCAAGGCGGGUGACCUAUUCAAGAUCCCAUGGUACCGGGUUAUCCUUGACGAAGCUCAUGCCAUAAAAAAUGUUGACAGUCGCACUGCUCAAGCCUGUUCCGACCUCCGCAGUAAGUAUCGCUGGGCCUUGUCUGGAACGCCACUGGCCAACAGCUCGUAUGAGUUGUAUCCGUAUCUGAAGUUCAUACAAUGCAAAGCGACGUGGAGCAUGAGAGACUUCAAAGAGACGUAUAUCAGCGAUGGUAAGGUAAAUGGCCAAUUGGAAGCACUCAUCAGCAUGGUCAUGUAUCGGAGGACAUCGAAGGACGAGUUCUUAGGGCAUAAGAUUCUUGACCUUCCCGAGAUGAGAGAGUCUUACCUCGUAGUUCCUCUAUCUGUGGAGGAACGCCUCAUUGUCACGGCGGUGGAAAGCUUCUACAAAAAAAAGAUCAGGAACCUAGAACAGGGUACUCUCGAGAAAGAGGAACUGGAAGUCGCGACUGAUGGUUUAGACGUGGAUGAGCCUGACGACGACAAGAAAAGGGGCCGCGGAAAAGCCAAGAAUGCCAGCAUGACAUGGAUGUUGACGCGAGCCAGUCUCAUGAGAAAGAGGCAGGCAAUCUCUCAUCCCUUUUGCAUCGAGCGUCUUCUCCGACACUCGCUUGAGCCGCAGGAGCUGGCAGAGCUCAUCGAGGCGCUCAAACAAGUGCCCGCGAAACAGACCAUCAUAGAGCAGAUCCACGCGAACGAUAGGACAGAUGACGGCAUAGCGGCAUUUGAGAAGGGGCUGCAAAUACUGCAGCAACGAGAGGAGCCCAUGUUUGGCAAGUAUUUCGACAUGGGGAAGCUACUGGACCUAGCAAAGAACGAGCGCGCUUUGAGUGGCAUUACUUGUCUGCUUUGCAACAAGGCAACACCGCCAGUGGAACCUUUUGAGACACAUGAUGUAAGUGGAAUUGCUGAAUGUCCUUACGAAGAAUGUGGCAAAGAGAUCACUGGUGGAGACGAGAUCGAGACGCUGCAAUCCCAAAUCGACUCCAAGGACAAGAAUUAUCGUGAGCCCGGUCGAGACAGCAAUAAUUCGGGCGUGCAUCAUCAAGAAGACCGUAAUGGCUUCUUUGUUUACAGUACGAUGCCGGGAGAUGCCUCGGUCGUGCCGAGCACCCGACUCACGGCCACCAUGGCCAUUGUCCUCACCUGGCUGAAGGAAGCGCCAAACGACAAGAUUCUCAUCUUUACACAGUUUACUGGAACGGCCAAGGUUCUGGGUUACAUGCUUCAGACGCUGGACAUCAAGUUUGUGCACUUUUACGGCGGUCUCGCACCAGGUCAGAAGAAGAAAGCCGUGGACUCGAUCAAGACGGAUCCAGAUAUCAAAGUUAUGGUCUCAACUCUCAAAAGCGGCGGUCAGUCCCUCAAUCUCACUGCCGCCAACCGAGUUAUCAUUGUCGACCCCUGGUGGAACAAGACGGCCGAACGACAAGCCUUUGGACGAGUCACACGAAUGGGCCAAGAGAAGAAGACUCACUUGGUCAAGAUUCGUACCGAGGAGGAGAUUGACGAGAGGAUCUUCAUGCUCCAGAAGAGGAAGGCGGAGGAUGUCGACUACACUCUGCAGGAUGACGGCCAUACGCCGCCUGCCGUGAGCGACACUGAGCUCCAGGAGACCUUUUUCCGGAAGAAGUCGGACAAAAAGGAGAAGAAGAAGAAUCGAAAGAAGAAGUCUACCGCGACGAAGAAGAAAUAG